AAUUGAGCCACGAAUUGGACAGGGACGCGCCGAUACGCAAACACAGAAUCCAGGAGGACACGGGUGAUCUCGCCGGAGUCAGCCGGCACGGGGUGUUCUACGGCGCCGGAUCUCGCCGGAGUAAAGGUCGCACUUGGCACGGGCUUGUUCUACGGCGUGUCGAGGGCGGCGGCGAGCUCGUUUUGCCUGCGGUGACCCGAGGAGAUGGGGAGAGGAGGACACGCCCAUUUCCUGGACGCGUGCUUCCUCUGCCGGAAGCGCCUCGCCGGCAACCGCGACAUCUUCAUGUACAGAGGGGACACGCCGUUCUGCAGCGAGGAGUGCAGGCAGGAGCAGAUGGAGGCGGACGCGGCGGCGGAGAGGAGGGAGAAAGCCGGCGCCGGGAAGCUGACACGUGGGGCCUCCUCACGCAGGGAGGUGGAGGGCCCGCAGGAGCGGAGCAACGUCCGGGCCGGGUCUAUUCUAGCCCUAUGAUGCCUCUACCGUAGUGCUAAAUUUGUCUCGAAUAUCAUCAUUUUUCUUUUUCUUUUUUCAUAAAACUCCACCAAAGAAAGAUCGCUUUUUACGUAAAAAAACGGGUUUGUAUUUUUUUGGUUAAACCCCUUGGGUAGUUUGGUGGUGUAUUAGCGUGUUUCCCGCUGUAUCAAUCCCGUGUGUGUAUAGAUGUCUGCAUUAGUCUAAAUUUAGAGAUGAUAAUAAAAAGCUCUAAAGGGUUGUUUUUGCCCCUGUAAACAAAUUGUUCAGAAAUGCAUGCUGAUGAGCUGAUCUAUCGAUGGAUUUUGAAAAUCAAGUAUAUUACUAGUGUCCGUUCAGUUAACC